UUUCUUCAAGAUCUACAUUUUUAAGUAUACUCACUAUAUAAAUGACGUGACAUAGACACUCAUUACUCGUCUAAAAGUUAUUUUAAGUAACAUAAUGAGUAAAUCUCAUAAGUUGCUGCUGGUAGGAAGCAUUGGAGUCCUUUGCAUCCUUCCAAUCAUCAACGGAGCGAGCCUCACAUCUCCCGUAGGUCCAACGCACAAAUGUAUUGAUAAGGAUUGCCAGAUCGGGCGUCUGGAGAAGGCUGCUGAAAUCCUAGAAAACCGGGACGAGAAUGUGAAACCUUGCGACAACUUCUUCAAAUAUGCCUGCGGGAAUUGGAAAGAAACACCCUGGACCAGUCUAGAAUUGUGGAGUGCUAUGAGAGACGCUAUGAUGGAUUACACGAUUCAGGAGACUACUGGGGAAGAGAAGUCUAAGGCGCACAAACUGAUCCAUGAUUUCUACACCACGUGUAUGGACGAAAAUGCUAGAGGAGAUGAAGCUUUGGAGCUUUUCAAGAACUUUGUUCUGGAUUAUUGGCCAACUACGGCAGGUGACAAGUUCAAAGAAGCUGACUUUGACUGGAUGGACUGGAUGGGCCACGCCAAGCAAGCUGGGUUAAGAAACACUCCUUUCAUUGAUUUUGAACCUGAGGCUAAGCCAAGAGAUAGCCAGAAAAUGCAUCAUAUGCUUCAUCUGCCUACCAACAUGUUCAAAUUCAAAGCAAAUGCAGUAGAUGAAGAUUACAACGAUCACUACAGCGACUACAUGAUCGUAGCAGCUCGACUCCUCGGAGUUUCUGACGAGGCUAGCGAGAAGGAGCUCGCCCCAGUGUACGAGUUCGAGAAGAAGCUCUACGCAGCUACCUUGAAACCAAACCCAGGUGAGAUGGAAGACAUGAGCAUCGAAGACAUGCAGAAAGAAUUCCCAGGGAUCGACUGGGCCAAGUUUGUUGAGAAAAUGCUCACGCCUUUCGUGGACCCUGGUCACAAGACUAUCAUCACCGUCGAGAAUCCAGCAGCUCUGAAGGAGUUCAUCAAGCUGAUGAACGAGACGCCAAAACGCAUACAAGCUUCCUACGCCAUCUGGAAGGGAUUCCAAUUUGCAAUGCCUUUCCUGACAGAAGAGUUCAAGGAGGUUCACCGUCACUUUCUGAAGCAGAUCGAUUUCACCGAAAUGCCGCGGGAGGAGUUCUGCGAACUAAUGACCAAGGAAUAUGUGCGGUACGGCAUCGAAGAUUGGAUCUUGGAGCAGUUCCCCUCCAGCAAGGAACUUAUCGAAAAGAUGUUCUCUAUGCUGAAGACCAAGAUGAUAGAAAUGGCCCAGGAGUCCAAGGUGUUGACUGACGAUGAGAAGAACAAAGCAGCUGAGAUUUUAAACGCGUUAAAUUACACCAUAGGAAGAUCGAAGAAAUUUAGUGACAAGAACGAAUUGGAUGCAUUCUAUGCAGACGCGACUGUUGACAAGGAAAACUUCCUCAAGUCGUUGAUGAAUAUGAACGCUUUUUUGAUGAAGAAGGAGAACAGCCAGAAACUCCUUGAGGAGCUUAUGGAAGACACUGCUACUCCGGGUCAUGAUUUUGGGCUUCCAAACAAUCACGGGAAUCAUUUGUAUAUUCCGAUCACGAUGAUACCAAGCCCAAUUUUCAACGAGGAUCAUCCAUUGUACGUAAACUUUGGUGCAGCCGGCAGCCAUAUGGCUCGGGAAAUGUUCAAUUCAGUAGCAGAACUUGGAAAAACAUGGACUGAACAAAAGGAAAAUCCCAAUGACCAGAUGAAGUGCUUCCAAAACUUGAAUCAGGGCAUUGACGAUCCAAUGUUGAAAGAGGCGUUUGUCGAAGGCAUCAUGGAUCAUGUCAUUGCCCAGUUUUUCGGAUUCCGUGCAGCCUACUAUGCCUAUAAACAGCUCACAGUUGACGUCGGCCCGGAAUUGGGCUUACCUGACUUGCCCUACACCGCUGACCAACUGUUCUGGCUAUCGUUCGCAAAUUCUUUCUGCAAUUACCGUCCUGAAACGGAGAAGCUCCCUACUCCAAUCAAAAAUGGGAACAUCAUAGACUAUUCGAUGAUGACCAUAAUGAAGAAUGUCCCUGAGAUUUCAGAAGCUUUCGAAUGUCCAGCUGGUUCUAACAUGAAUCCUGCGGAAAAAUGCACCUGGUGGUGAUUUAUCAUCUAUUUAUAUUAAAAUUUUUUUUUGUGAUUAAAUAAAUACAUCGAUUCUCAAAAA